UUCUUUGGAAACUCUCUUUGGACAUUUUUGACAGACUGGGGCCAUUAUAAAUUGGAGGUUUUUUUGUUGUUGUCCGCACAUUCCCCCGUGCUGCAGUGUGAGCUCUGCUAGGGAGUGAGUAUUUUCAUCUCUCUCUAGAACCGUGGGGUGGGGGUUGAAGAUGACGAACAACAGCAGGGAAGAUGAAGAGGUUGUGUCUGAGACAUUCACAUGGGUGAUCGAAAACUUCUCUAAGCUCCAGAACGACAAGCAUUACUCUGACGUUUUCACCAUCGCUGGUUUCAAAUGGAGGAUCCUUGUAUGGCCGAAGGGCAACAAAGUAAAUUCCAAAAUGCAGUUCUCCAUGUAUUUGGGUAUCCCAAGUGCUUCAACUUUGGAACCUGGUUGGACUAGAUUUGCCCACUUCAGCUUGAGUGUGCUCAAUCAACUGGACAGCAACAAGACAAUCACAAAGUUUACCAAGGGCCCUUAUAAAGAGUUCAAAGAACACACGAGUGAGUGGGGCUUCAGAUCAUUCAUGCUGCUUAGUGAACUUUAUGACGAGACUGCAGGUUAUCUUGUGAAUGAUACGUGCAUUGUUGAAGUGAAGGUCCAUAUUCCAAUAGACCAGCGAGCUAAUAGUUCUGCAGAAUCUGCACGUAUGCGGUCCAUAAAGAAAGAACAUGUUGGGCAGGAACGUUCACAUGUGCAUUCUGUGCAAACUGCGGAGUCUUCUCCAGCACCUAUUAUGCCAAGUUCAGAACCACUGACUCCUUUCCAAGAAACAUCAGGUCCUGAACAAGUUUGCGCUAAGGCUAUUACUGAAAGCCUUCCUGACCCUACUCUAGUCAAGGAGUUUGGGGAAGUUCCCACCAAACCAACAGGGGGAGUCAAGGAGCUUGGGGAAGUUCCCACCAAACCAACGGGGGAAGUCAAGGUCAAGGAGCUUGGGGAAGUUCCCACCAAACCAAUGGGAGAAGUCAAGGUCAAGGAGAUUGGCGAAGUUCCCACCAAACCAACGGGGGAAGUCAAGGAGCUUGGGGAUGUUCCCACCGAACCAGUGGGGGAAGUCAAGGAGCUUGCGGAAGUUCCCACCGGACCAACAGGUGAGCUUAUGGAUUUUUGUGGGUUGGGACUAAUAGAGAAAGCUUUCGUCCCACUGCUGGAGGAAGCUUGUACAGUGCAUCCUUCUUUGAUUGAGUGCUUACGUAAGAAGAAUCGCAAAGUUGUUGAAUGUGCUUUGACAGCUCUUGGAGGGCUCUUGCAUUUUCUUAAAACAACAAAGGUGAAGGAUAUGAAUGAGGAUGCCUUUGCUCAGCUUCGAAGUUUAUGGGAGGAUGUUGAGAUGUUCAGAUUUGACUUGGGUUGGCUGGAACCACGUGUUCAAUCUGCUUUGGGUAAGAAGAAGUUUCUGGAAAGGGCAAGGAGAGUGAAAAGGCUUAGGGAUGAUGUUGAAGUUUUGGAUAAUGAGAAGAAAAGGCGGAGUGCUGCACUUGCUGUUACUGAGGUAGAGCUUGAGGAAGCAAAGAGAGAGUUGGCAAAGGAGGAAAAGGGCUUCAACGAGAAAGAUAUGGAUUCUGAGCUAUCUGUGGUGAUUUAACCUUAUUGUAGAAGUUUCUCUUUGAUAUAAGUUGUAGGACGGACAUAUGAGAGAGAUAGACAUGGGUAGUGAGUGAGUUACAGGAACCGUUUGCCGUUAUUCUAGACGUUAUCUUAGGUAUGAGCAAUAGGACAGAUGUGCGGGGAUAUAUAUUUCAUGGUUUAGGACUAAUUUGGUGCACCUCCAUCAACUCCCUGGUAUGAUCGAUCAGGCAGGAUGUCGGUUUUGAUAGGUAUGCCUCUGUUCAAGUGAGGUACUUGAAUGUACUUUCGUCAAAAAUACAUCUUUUCGGUUUACUUUUAUAUUGAACUCUUAAGAUUUCGCAUGAUGGUUCAAGUUGCGCCUUUCAUAUGUCAUCGUUUUGUUUUGGAUUGGAACAUUGUAAAAUUUGGAAUAUUCUUGCAAUUGCUAGAAAGACUUCCUAGA